AUUUAUUGCCCACAUGUUCUGAUAAAAGCACAUGUAGAUCUACUUGAACCUGUUUAAAAUAUCAUCUCACCAAGAAUCUAGCCAUGGCUGAGGGAUCCACUGUUAAGGUAUCUCGAAAUGACGAGAGCCAGGAGUCUGGAUCAAAGAAACGUUUCUCACUGCGAGAGUCCAUGAGCGAGGUGAAGCGAUUGGUGGAGGGCAUGGCGGCCGUGGAGGGGGUGGGUGGGGAGAGGGUGGAGCUUAUACACAAGCAAUACCAGCUCCUCGUACGAGACUACAAGCGUCUGGAGAGGAGGGUUGCCGAGGGGCAGAAGAAACUUACUGAGGUGGUCCAGCACAAGGACAUCAUUCAGACCGAGCACACGAGAGUCAAUCAGGCAAAGAUCAAGUUGGAGAAUCUCUGUAGAGAGUUGCAGAAGCAUUCCAAGGCAGUCGCUGAGGAGAGCCGUCAGCGACAGAGGGAAGAGGACGAAAAACGAAAGGAAGUGACGGGAAAGUUUCAGACAACCAUCAAUGAGAUUACCAGCAAGAUGCAAGAGCACCACCAGAGGAAUGUGGAACUACAGACUGAUAAUAUAGAGUUGUCGAAGAAGCUUAACGAAAUCACGGGAGAUUACAGAGCUAGGGAAGAGCACGUUGAGACGCUACUGAAAAAGAAAACUCUGGAGGUGCAGCUGAGUGAGGCGAGAUUGGCCCAACAAACAGUGGCGUCUGCGCAAGAGAAGGAGAACAGUCUGGCUGAGAGGCAGUUCCUCAUCGCUGAGACCCUGGACCAGCAGAAGAGGUUUGAGAUACUCAGCAAGCAGGAGAGUGACCUUCGUGGCCAGCUGUCCCUCUAUUCGGACAAGUUCGAGGAGUUUCAAGAGACACUCACUAAGAGCAAUCAGGCAUUCUCUUCGUUCAAGAGAGAAAUGGACAAGAUGAGCAAGACUAUUUCCAGUCAGGAAAAGGAACUUUUCUUAUGGAAAUCACGAUUUGACAAGUCCCAAAAAUCACUCCACGAAAUGACUCACGUUAAACAAACCCACGAAGCCAAUGAGAAGACACUAAAGGUCAAAACAGACAAACUAGAGAAACUGUGUCGAGCUCUUCAGACUGAGCGCAAUGAACUUAGGUCGAAAAUCAAACAGACACAAGACGAUGCCGACAAGAUACCCCCUGAACCACCCCAAGAGAAACAGCCUGAACUAACGGACAACACUGAGGAAACAACAGAUUUACCCACAGAAGAGAAAAACACUAAAGACAGUUAGAAAAUUAUUACAGUUGUAUAUAAAUUUGUACAAAGUUAACAAAAACACUGUUAUUUAUCUUUGGCUGAAUGUUCUCGUAAUAACUGCAUUGGUCUGAGUGAUGCGUUAGUUCCAAA